AGCCCAAAAACAAGGAUAUAGAAUGGUGUCCUUCUUUUACCAAACGCAGAUCCAAAACAUCAGCUGAAAGUGAAACACCCCCGUAUCACUAAGCUAUUACAGUUAAAGCUUCAUAGUUUUAAUUUUUGUUUUAGUCAAUUAUUAGUGUAAAGCCAUCGGAAGGAACGGAGAGUGAUCUAUGGUGAAAACAAAAUUUGGUUGCUGCGAGCUGAGUUAUCAGUAGUCUCAACUGGAUCUGUUGGAAGACUUAGAAGAUGGGCUUUGAAGACGUACGUGAACAGCUGCAGCAGUUGAUGCAACGGGUAGAUGGUUUAAAUGCUAUCGUGUUCUCCGAUCGGGACGGAGUUCCGGUAGUCAAGGUCUGCCGAAUAGGACAAGAUGCGUUUGGAAACCAGAUUAAGUCGGAAGCAUUGUCCAGUUCCGUUUCAGCUAUGACUCAAGCUGCAAGACUUGGAAUGGGAAAUGUUAAACGUAUGGUCGUUUGUAAAGAGUCCAAUCAAUUAGUGUGCUUCAACAUGAAACAGGUCUGCGUUCAGUUAUUCGCGUCGUCAGCGGCCACUACGGGAAUGUUACUGUGUCUUGAAAAUGAAUUGUCUUCUCUUGCAGAAGAUCUUGCUAGGGUCAUUGAAACAUCCUAAUCCCACAUAAAGAAUAUGCUGUACGUAUUUUCAAUGAUACUACGAAUUAAACAUAUUUUUUCUCUACAUUAAUGUUGAAAAUUAUGUGCACAUGUUUACACACACGUAUGCAUACGUGUCAAUAAUAAAGUGCAGUUAAUUUUAUUCGAAUUGAUAUCUUUCAUCGAUGGUGUACUUUUAUU